CGGACAAAGGCGGCGGCGGCGGGGCGCGGAGCGGAGCCGCGGCGGGCGCGGACGGCGGUACCGGGCCGCUCCUUGCGGGGGCCGAGCUGCAGCCUGACAUGAUGUUUCCACAAAGCCGGCACUCGGGCUCCUCUCACCUGCCGCAGCAGCUGAAGUUCACCACCUCCGACUCUUGCGAUCGCAUCAAGGACGAGUUCCAGCUCCUGCAGGCCCAGUACCACAGCUUGAAGUUGGAAUGUGACAAGCUCGCCAGCGAGAAAUCGGAGAUGCAGCGUCACUACGUCAUGUAUUACGAGAUGUCCUACGGGCUGAAUAUUGAAAUGCACAAACAGGCUGAAAUUGUCAAGAGGUUAAAUGGGAUUUGUGCACAGGUUCUGCCCUACCUUUCACAAGAGCAUCAGCAGCAAGUCCUGGGAGCCAUUGAACGGGCCAAGCAGGUUACAGCACCAGAACUGAACUCCAUCAUCCGUCAGCAGCUUCAAGCUCACCAGCUCUCGCAGCUCCAAGCCCUCGCUCUGCCUCUGACCCCGCUCCCCGUGGGCCUCCAGCCCCCGUCCCUCCCUGCUGUCAGUGCCGGCACCGGGCUCCUCUCCCUCUCAGCCUUGGGCUCCCAGGCUCACCUCUCCAAGGAGGACAAGAACGGCCACGAUGGGGAUGCCCACCAAGAUGACGACGGGGAGAAAUCAGAUUAGAGUGAAUGGGGGGUCUGGGGGGGAAGGGGAGGAGGGGGCUGUCCGGGGUGGGGGUUUGGGGUGGGGGCGGGUUAAUGCAAGAUGCAGUAUCUCUCUCUAGUUGCUGCGCAGCAGAAUUCCAGGGGCUUGUGUUUGGUGGCAGCUUUCCAGGCCUUGUUCUGGUGGGCAGCAGUGCCUGGAGGUGUCCCCGCCGCCGGCGCGGUGUUCGGGGCCGCUCCGUAGCAGUGACCGUGUGGCCCGUCGUGCUCUCCCUGUGCCCAGCCUGGCUUCCCCAUCCCUGCUUCUGCUCCGUCGCAGAGCCCAGACAGAGCCUGGCUCGGGCUGCUCUGGGGCCACUUGCCCCCCAGCUGUCCUGGCUUCUCGGUGCCACGUGGCUCCCCGCUGCUCCCCACUCCUCGGUAUUUAAAGUUGCCCCCCCUGAUCCUCAUGGUUUCUGCACAACUCCCUGCUGGGAUCCCUUGCUCCAAAACCAUCUCCUCCUUCCCCAAGCGCCCUUGAUCUCCGUGGCAUUGCCCCAGCCCUGUCCCCAUCCUCCCUGUGCCCCUGCUGCACUAAUACCAGGCUGGCACUUUGCUGUUCUGCAUGUUCUUAACCAGUCCCACAAGGCUGCUCCUUGGGCUGGAGGGGGGGGGAGCCUCUGCCACCCGCUCCCCUUUGGCAUUACACCCGGCUUUGGGGGGCUGGGGUAGCAAGGCAGAGGGGCAGGGCAGACCCAGAGCCUUUCCUGGUCCUCCCCUCCCUGCACCCCUGCCCCCCGUGUAGAGGAUACAGCAGCUUUUUCUGUUCUUAUCUCCGUGCGCUAGCGUGUCUUCUAAAAAAAAAAAAAAAACAAAACAUAAAAAAAACAACAAAAAAAAUCCAAAAAAGGAACAACAACAACAAAAAAAAUUAUUAAAUAAUAAUCUGGUGUUUGUAUAUAGUCCUUUAGAAAGAUCUCGUUUUGCUUUUUGUGUUUAAUCACUUGACCUAUAAUAAGAGGAACUGAAAAUGCUGUAUCAAGGACGUACAAGCUGUGCCUUUCAAAUAAAGAAAUAAGAAGGUUGGUUAAAACCA